UCGCCAGCCAUUCCUGAGAGGACUGCCGGUAGGUCGGACGUCUCGCCAGUCGCUGGAGCAGAGGUCCCGGCUCUCCGGGAAGGCGGCGGCUGAGGCGGCAAAAUGAAGAUAUUCGUGGGCAACGUCGACGGGGCGGAUACGACGCCAGAGGAACUGGCAGCUCUCUUCGCGCCCUAUGGCACGGUCAUGAGCUGCGCCGUCAUGAAACAGUUCGCCUUCGUGCACAUGCGCGAGAACGCAGGCGCGCUGCGCGCCAUCGAGGCCCUGCACGGCCACGAGCUGCGUCCGGGGCGCGCGCUUGUGGUCGAGAUGUCGCGCCCAAGGCCUAUGAACACUUGGAAGAUUUUCGUUGGCAAUGUGUCGGCUGCAUGCACGAGCCAGGAAUUGCGCAGCCUCUUCGAGCGUCGCGGACGCGUCAUCGAGUGUGACGUGGUGAAAGACUACGCGUUUGUUCACAUGGAGAAGGAAGCAGAUGCCAAAGCCGCCAUCGCGCAGCUCAACGGCAAAGAAGUGAAGGGCAAGCGCAUCAACGUGGAACUCUCAACCAAGGGUCAGAAGAAGGGGCCUGGCCUGGCUGUCCAGUCUGGGGACAAGACCAAGAAACCAGGGGCUGGGGAUACGUCAUUCCCUGGAACUGGUGGCUUCUCUGCCACUUUCGACUACCAGCAGGCUUUUGGCAACAGCACUGGUGGCUUUGAUGGGCAAGCCCGUCAGCCCACACCACCCUUCUUUGGUCGCGACCGCAGUCCCCUGCGCCGUUCACCUCCCCGAGCCUCUUAUGUGGCUCCUCUGACGGCCCAGCCAGCCACCUACCGGGCCCAGCCCUCAGUGUCUUUGGGAGCUGCCUACAGGGCCCAGCCUUCUGCCUCUUUGGGUGUUGGUUAUCGGACUCAGCCCAUGACAGCCCAGGCAGCCUCUUACCGCGCUCAGCCCUCUGUCUCCCUUGGGGCCCCAUACAGGGGCCAGCUGGCUAGCCCUAGCUCCCAAUCUGCUGCAGCUUCCUCACUUGGCCCAUAUGGUGGAGCCCAGCCCUCGGCCUCGGCCCUCUCUUCCUAUGGGGGCCAGGCAGCUGUGGCUUCUUCGCUCAACUCCUAUGGGGCUCAGGGCUCCUCCCUUGCCUCCUAUGGUAAUCAGCCAUCCUCUUAUGGCACCCAGGCUGCCUCUUCCUAUGGGGUUCGUGCAGCUGCUUCCUCCUACAACACCCAGGGAGGAGCUUCCUCUUUAGGCUCCUAUGGGGCUCAGGCAGCCUCCUACGGGGCCCAGUCUGCAGCCUCCUCAUUAGCUUAUGGAGCCCAGGCAGCUUCUUAUAAUGCCCAGCCUUCAGCCUCUUACAAUGCUCAGUCUGCCCCAUAUGCUGCACAACAGGCUGCUUCCUAUUCUUCCCAGCCUGCUGCUUAUGUGGCACAGCCAGCCACAGCUGCUGCCUAUGCCAGCCAGCCAGCUGCCUAUGCUGCACAAGCCACUACCCCAAUGGCUGGCUCCUAUGGGGCUCAGCCGGUUGUCCAGACCCAGCUGAAUAGUUAUGGGGCUCAAGCAUCAAUGGGCCUGUCAGGCUCCUAUGGGGCUCAGUCGGCUGCUGCGGCCACUGGCUCUUAUGGGGCCGCAGCUGCCUAUGGGGCCCAGCCUUCUGCCACUCUGGCAGCUCCUUACCGCACUCAGUCGUCAGCCUCAUUGGCUGCUUCCUAUGCUGCCCAGCAGCAUCCUCAGGCUGCUGCUUCCUACCGUGGCCAGCCAGGCAAUGCCUACGAUGGGGCAGGUCAGCCGUCUGCAGCCUACCUGUCCAUGUCCCAGGGGGCCGUUGCCAACGCCAACAGUACCCCGCCGCCCUAUGAGCGUACCCGCCUCUCCCCACCCCGAGCCAGCUACGACGAUCCCUACAAAAAGGCUGUCGCCAUGUCGAAAAGGUAUGGUUCCGACCGGCGUUUAGCCGAGCUCUCUGAUUACCGCCGUUUAUCAGAGUCGCAGCUUUCGUUCCGCCGCUCGCCGACAAAGUCCUCGCUGGAUUACCGUCGCCUGCCCGAUGCCCAUUCCGAUUACGCACGCUAUUCGGGCUCCUAUAAUGAUUACCUGCGGGCAGCUCAGAUGCACUCUGGCUACCAGCGCCGCAUGUAGGGCCAUCCUGGGGGUGGGGGACCACAGGGAGGGAGGGAGAGGAGAGGUAGUUAGGGUGCAGACCUGGGUUAUAACCACUCUGGCCCAUACCUCUCCUGGUUGCGGUUUUUCAUCCCCUCCCUCUACCACGUGGGCCUUCCCCAGGAGAUGAUCCUUUUGAGUGUUUGGCAGUAACCUACUUUGUUCCUUCGCCUCAGCAGUACAUCUUGCUACUGGCUUUAGAUCUGCGGUUUCUCCUGUGCCCUGCCUCCCAUCUCUUCAGAAUGGGAAUUUGUUUUUUUGUUGUUUUUUUUUUUUCCUGGCUCCCUUUUAUUUUUGUGCGCGAUACUUAAGGUCAUCUGGAUGGGGAAACAACCUGCAACUGAAGUCGGCGGCACCUUUUUCUUUUUAGAUGUGAGGGAGGCCAGGAAAGGGUUAGCUUAACCGUUUCCUAUGCGCCAAGCUAUGCGGGCCCCUGGCUGUCCCUCUGUUAGACUGUUGAGACUGAGAUCCUGUUGGGACAGUCAGUUUGUAUGUGUCCAAAUCCCUGCUCACCACUGAUGUUUUAGCUGAUGGUGAGUGGCACAGUCCCAAUCCCCCAUCUCCCUAAGUAGGUGGUGUUAGAAAACCUUAAUUUUUUUUCCCUUUUGUAUGGACUACAAAUAAAACUUGGGGCAAUUUGCAGUUUGGAAACCUGGUUGUCAUUGUCUUGAUUGCACUCAGUGUCAGAGAAGCCAGUUUGACAUCCAGGAAGAUGUGACAGCUAAAGGGAAGACAGCCUUGAGAACUUAGGGUGGGUGUGGAAAAGGGUUUGAAGCUGGGGAUUAGAAUUGAUUUCUCUGGUGCUUAAUGGGGUUUAGCUCAUCCGCAUCCCACUAGUAUGCCAUCUUCAGGACUGAAGAGUCCAGACCAGGUGAUUGGAUCACACCAUAAUACAGUAAAUAAGGCCCAUUUUCCUCUGCUUAUGUUAGACCAUUUUCCCUGACUUUUCUCCAGUUCAGAAAUAACCUGAGCUCCAGCAGGGUGGCUCUGAGGUGUGGCUUUUCACAAGAAGUGGGAAAUGGGCUGCUUUGGUAUUUACAAGGCUAGUGGAUCCUUCAGGCAGUGGGCUCAAGUGAAUUCUGGGGCUGGGACCUGGAAAGGAGCCAUUGUGGGUGGGCGUGAUGUCACUGUCUGGUACUGCCCUGUGGUUGCAAGAGGGGGCAGGGAAAAUUUGGAGCAGUUCUGGGUCAUUCUGGGUAGUGUCCUGGUACCUUGCCUGUUGAACGUCACCAUGGAGCGUCCUUCCUGCGUCCUGCCAUCACAGCACCUGAGACUCCUUUCUUUUGUCCCCAUCUGUUAACAGUUUUCAGAUUGUUUUUGCUGGGUUUAUAUUUGAAGGUGUGAUGACAGACUAUGGGAAGGGGUGGGAUGCAAGCAUAACCAAGUGGGGAUGCUGGAACGAGAAUUGAGGAUUCUUUUUACACUUUUGUUCUAGAGCUGGGGGUUGAGGACCUGGGCAAAAAAUAUGGCAGUUCCAACAAAGGACAAGAUGGAGGCUUGGACUUAAUGAUGGGUGAAUGAAAGAAGAUUGGUUGAUUAGAGUGAUAACAGGAAAACCUGAUGUUCCUUUGGGAAAGGAUACUUUAGAGAUGAUUUGGGAGCCUGACAGGGCAAGGUGACUUUGGGGAGAUGUAUAUAUAUCAGUCAAAUACAGCCGAGGUGGGUUGUCUCCUUCCAUUGGCUUCAAGGGAACUUGCUGGCAGACAGAGUAGUUUGCCCUGAAGUCCUCUUCCUCUGACCAGUGUGAAAAAAAAUUAUGGUGUUAAACAAUGAUUUCUUAUUUGUGGAUGCUAAUUGGGGUAAUCUCAGGGAGGAUUGAGGCCAUAGCUCUUUUCUUUGUUUCCUUUUCUGCUCAUUGCUUUGCUUUCAAAGGUGCUUUGCUACUCUGCUUCAUUUCUUUGCGGGACUGGGGAAGAUUGGGAAGAGGAGUUUAAUAGAUUUCCUGUUACUUUUCUAUGUGAUGGUGGAAUGAUCUGAAGGCCAAGUUAACAAGCCAAGCUUUGAUUAUUACCCUGGAAAAUUAAGGGUUGAUUGUAAAGCCAUGAUUGGCCUGUGUAUUGUGCAAUAUUUCUUUCUUUGUGUGGCUUUCUGUAUUUUUCUUUCUGUCCAGUGAGGGUUCUGCCACUGCCCCAAUCUUAAGGUUCAUUAAAAAAAAAAACAACUUAAUGUGCCCUUGGGCCAGUGUUGAUGUUCUUUAUAGCAGUCCCAACUCUUGAGAGUAACCUGGCCUAUUUGAUCAAUCUGCCUGCCUGUCUGUCGUCUUUAGGUUCUGAUGUUCUUGCUGCCUCAGUCCUCAGGUUUCUCAUUCAAGCCAGGAGUUACAAAGCUAAAUUAUUUUCAUUUUCCUUUUUCUUGCAGAUUGUUUUAAAGUCUCUCCUUUUUAAAUUUAAAUCAUACCAUCUGUGUUGAUUCUGUAACCCACUCAUACUUUGCUUUUUGUCAAUUUCUGAUUUCCAAGGUCCUGUAUCUUGGGGAAAGUUGAGUUUAGUGCAUGGGAAGACACAUAUGUAGUAUGUGUUUUGGGGAGAUGGGCUGUCAGCCUAUCUUUGGGUCAUUCAACUUUACAUCUCUCACCUCUACAACCUGGUUGUCAUUGGAGGAGUUUUAGUUGGUUUAUUCCUCGAACAAAACCACAUAAAGGCUUCCACCCUGGUCAGCCUGCUGUCUUCUGAGGCUUGGACCUUGUUUUAAAUUCUGUCUCAGGUGAACCUGGGACCCUGUCUCUUGUACUGGAGGUAAUGGGACUGUCAUUCUCCAUGUAGGCAACCUUCCCAGUCCAACCCUCCAGUUAAGCUCUCCCAAAGUCCUUGCACAAUCUGUUGGUUCUCCAGGUGGUCUGUCCUGUCAGACCAAGUCAGUGGACUGUAACAUGAAUAUUGGAGAAAUAAUACUAUGGCCGGGCAUGGUGGCGCACGCCUGUAAUCCCAGCACUUGAGAGGCUGAAGAAGGGUAAUUGCCAAGAGUUCAAGGCCAGCCUGGGGAACAUAGUUCAAGGCCAGUCUAGACUACAUAACAAGACCCUGUCUCAAAACAAAAACAAACUUACUAGAUUUAUGGACUAGUGUGCCAGGUAACAGAGAAAAUAAGAUGGAUAGUAUAUGCAAAAUUCACACUUAAGUUCUAUAGCUGCCGUUGAAAAAGUCAUAAAGGGUUAGAAUCUAGAGUUUUCCAGAAAAAGAAAUUUCCUACAGGUGGGUUUCAGUCUACCUCUAAAUCAUUUAUGUGUUCAUAGUGCUUGAAAUGCAGUGCUCAGGAAGCUAACCCCUUUGACUGACCCAGAGAAAUUGCUAGUCUGGAAGUCAGAACUCAGUGAAAUAGAUAACAGUUACAAAUAUUGGUAGACCUAAGUGGUAGGUUAGGAAGGAAAGGAUGUGUAGCAGUCCCAGUAGAGGAUACUUUCUGGAGAUGGGAUUUGAUUUAAAAACUGCCUUGAACUCUGCUCCCACUUUGUCAUCCAGUAUUUAUUGCAGUGAUGCACGUCUGUAAACCUGUAAUCCCAGCAGUAGGAAGGCUGAGGCAGGAUUGCCUCAAGUUCAAGGCUAGACUGGACUACACAGCGAGACCUUGUCUCAAAAACAAUAAAGUAUGUUUUUCAUAUAUUUUCAUAGCAUCCAAAGUGCAUUAGAUACUUCAAAACCUGAUUUAUAAGUGAGAAGAUUGGAGCUGUAGGUACAGUAACUUUUCUUAGGAUCACAUGUGGGUUCAGUCUUCAGCUUGCCCACUUCCUUGAAAAAAAUCACAAAAUUAACAAAAUGGUAGAUCAAGGAAUUUUAAUCACCAGUCAUAUGAAUCACCCAGGGGUUUGCUUGUAAUUAUUCUUUUUUAGUGUUGACAAGGUUAAAUGAGAACUUCUGAUUAAAUGCUAGCCAUCUUGUACAAAUGAGUUACAGCAUUCUGAGAAGAUUGGGAUGACCUAGGGGAACACACACCUGAGCAAAAGACUUUGGAUGUAGAUGUGGUGCUACACCUAAGACUUACUGUGAAGGCAGUGAAUUUUUGCAGUGAAUGGUGGUGCAUAAAAGUGACUUGCAAGCCGUUUUGGCCACCACCAGUCUCUGGCAGCACUAUUGUGUGUUCUGGGAUCCUAUUCUUUUGGUAUGGAGAAGAAAGGUUACUUACUGUACAAGGGUAGGGAUGUUAUGGAAGGCUAAUUAACGUCAGAGGUGUAGCUGGCAGUAAGAUGGGAAGGAAGCCUUCUUAGUUGGUCUACUGGCUCUCUCUGAGCAACUGUGGAGAACACUGACUUUAGACCUUAUCAUGCAUGUAAUUCAGUUCUGAACUAGGAGCCAGAGUUAUUAGAAGUAGAAGCUCUAAAUAUUCACCCCUGCGGGUUUGAAACUAAUGCAGAUUAUUGAUGUCGUAAGUAGAUUUAAUAGACACUCUUGUGUUUACUCCUAAAUGUAGAUUUGUCCUGUAUUUCCUUUCAAGAGUCUAAGCUAUCUCUUUUUUUUUUUUUUGAGGCAGGGUUUCACUAUGUAUGUAGUUCAGGUUGGUCUUGAACUCACUAUAACUCAGGCUGGCCUUGGACUCAGUGAUCCUCCUGCCUCAGCCUCCCAAGUGCACCACCAUGCCCGGCCUUCAUUUCUUAAUUACAUGCAUGUAAUAUCUUCCCUUUUGCUGAAGAUUUAUACCUUGGCUGCAACAAAAUGUCAGCUCUCUGGAUGACUUUGGACUUUACCUCUUAGGAACUUAGUAGACUGGUGAGCAAAUUAAAAAUCACCAGAAUGGCCAGGUGUGGUGGCUUGCACCUGUGAUCCCAGUGCUCAGAAGACAUGUGGGAGGAUCACUUGAACUUAGGAGUUUGAGGCCUUGUGGGGCAACGUAGUGAGACCUUGUCUAAAAAAGAAAAAAAACAAGCCAGGUUUGGUGGUGCACACCCAGAAUCCCCGUAGUCUGGGAAGCUGAGGCAAGAAGAUAUAAAGUUUGAGGCCAUCCUGAUGGCCAAUUUAGUGAUUAGCAAAGCCCUGUCUCCAAAAGUACAAAAGGUCUGGGGCUGUAGCUCAGUACAAAGGCCCUGGGUUCAGUUCCCAGGACUACUAAAUCAUCAAGUCACCAAAAUGGCAUCUACAAUGUUCAGACAAGGUGUAUUUUUCUAGUGUCAUUUCACUGAGGUAGUUCUUUAUUUUAUUUUAUUUUUUGGGGGGGACGGGGGAUUGAACUCGGGACCUUGCACUUUCAAGGCAGGCGGCAGGACCACUGAGCUAAAUCACCGGCCCCUUAGUUUCAGAUUAGCAAUUUCUCUAGUGUCAUUCUCCAUAGUCAGGGCAAUGAGUAAGGUAGAGGACUGGAUCAGAUGUCUUUUUAAAAAAAAAAAAAUUAAUUAAUUAAUUAAUUUUUGUGGUACUGGGGAUCGAACCCGGGUCCUUGCACUUGCAGGGCAGGCAGUGGACCACUGAGCUAAAUCCCCAGCCCCUUUUUUUUUUUUUUUUUAACAUUAAGCUUCUUUAUUCCCAGUAAAAUAUAUUUGGGUAAAUAUAUAUCAGUAUGAAGCUAUUCAAACUACAAACUUCUCUGCCUAAAGGUUCAUUUUGCUGCAUUUGUCAAAGUAGUGAUCAAAAGCUGUGGUGUAGAUUGGCUUUGGCUCUGGGCACCUGCUUUUCAUUUGAAAGAGACUGGAAAGUGAUAUGAAUAAAGAUGCAUGUUUUCAUUACUAAGUGUCCAGUCCACUCCCAACACCCAUGGCUUUGUACUUGCUAGCCAAGUGCUCUGCUUCUGAGUUACAUCCCCCAAGCUCUGUGUCCAGGUUCUUAACCUGAUACUCAGAAAAUUGAAAGUCAGUUCUCUCCUUUUGGUUAUGAAGAAAUUAACUCAUGUAUUCCUUUGUUAACUUAGUUAACAAAUAUUUGGGUACCUUCCAUAUGCCAGCUACAAUUCUAAUUCUGGUUAUAUAGCAUGGAAUAAGAACAAGUAUCUGUUAGGGCAGGAAAAGGGCAGAAAAUGAACAAAUAGAAUUUCAAAUGAUAGUAAGUAUUCUGAAAAAUAGCAUGGAUUCAUGGGAUAGAGUUCCAAGGCAGUGUUGGAGUAGAGGAUACCUUCAGGCCAAUGAAGGGCCCGAAGAAAGACUAUACCACUUUGAAUCACCUUGGAAUAAUAAGACCAGUGUAUCUGGAGGGGUAGUAGUGAUUAAACAGAUUGGGAGGUUCUAGCAAGAACCAGAUUGGGUAGAGUAUUAUAGUUGAGGGAGAGAAGCUUGAAAUCCCUCAAAUUGUAAUAUGUUUUAAAAAUAAAGGGAUGAUUUAAUGUGGCUCAUUCACUUUGAUGACUUGCAAACAGAUAUAACUAGAUCUGCUGGGCUUUCAGAAGGGAAAUCAAAUAAUUAGGUUGGGAGGGCACCAAAAGAGGUCAGUAGUCUUAAUGUUUAUACACUGGCAUGAAUUGUGAUCCUCAUAACAUAACAUUUGUAUUUCUAGUGCCCCGUGUAGAUCUGUAGAGAUUCUAGUUUCACAGAAUAAGUUGAUACAUAUUUUGGGAGAAAGUUGUCCUAGGCUAUUGGGACACAAAAUAUUUGGAAGAUCAAACAGAGGAUUUCUGGUGGAGGUUGGAUUAUGAUCACUUCCUAAAGCCGAGCCCCUUAGGGCAUGUGCAGCAGACUAACAAAAUUAGUUUUCUUCUUUACUCACUGUGCCCUUUACUUAUCAAUCUUAGAGCAGAAUCAGGAUCCACAUUGAAGUGGGCCACAUCUGUAAAUGUAUUGUACUUUGACUUUUUAGUGAUCUUUUUUCACCCAAAAGUUCUUGACCAACUUUCUACUGUUGGAUUCCUGAAUCAUGUGAGUUUUGAAAUGCUAGUGCUUACUUUACCUUUCUCUUUCCAAAACUCCUCUCUCCUUUUCUUCCUUUUAUUCUUUUAUGGCUGCUUUGGGUGA